UAUUCAGUGCUGUAUUUAGUACAUCAUGCAGAAUCGCUUGUUUGAAUUCGGCGGCUACUAGCGCCUCUAUCACCUUUUCUAUUACAUGGCAAAAUUGCGCCCAUUGGCAUAUAGAUUUUUUAUAAACGUUUAGAAGGCAGGACUGUGUUGUUGUUUUAACGCCACAGUCGUCCCGUUUGGAAAGUGACUGCUGUGGCUUGGAAUUCAUCUCGGACGCCAUUGUAACGUUUUGGUCGAUUCGGUCUCCGGAAGCAAAGGAUGAGUGAGCCGAAGAAAGCCGCGAAUGACGAAGGGGGUCUGAGCAAAGAGACGGACAAGAAAAAAAGAUCCCGCGUGAAACAGCUGCUGGGCGAAGUGAAGAAGCAAGUGGAGUUCUGGUUCGGAGACGUCAACCUCCACAAGGACCGCUUUCUGAAAAAGCUCAUUGACGCGUCGGACGAUGGAUAUGUUGCCUUAUCCGUGGUGGCGAGCUUCAAUCGCAUGAAGAAGUUGACGAGCGACACCAAACUGAUCGCCAGGGCUCUGAAGAACUCUUCUGUGGUGGAGGUGAAUUUAGAGGGCGAUAAAGUGAGACGGCAGCAUCCCCUCGGAGACGUUCCAAUAGACGUGGACAGCCGCACAGUUUACGUGGAGCUCCUGCCUAAGGAUGUGACUCACAGCUGGAUCGAGAAGGUCUUUUCCAAAUGCGGAAGCGUCGUUUACGCCAGCAUCCCCAGAUAUAAAUCCACUGGCGAUUCCAAAGGCUUUGCCUUUGUGGAAUUUGAGAGCCCUGAGCAAGCCAAUAAAGCCAUUGAGAUGCUUAAUAACCCUCCUGAAGACGCUCCCAGGAAGCCGGGAAUUUUCCCCAAGACUAAGAAUGGGAAACCUAUUCAGCUGGCUGCAGACAAUCCUCCUGCAAGUGGCGGUGGGGAGGAGGAGAAGAAAAAGCGAAAGAAGAAGAAGAAGAAGCCGCUAGCCGAGGAAGCCAAAGUAGCGCAGAUGGACACCAAGCCGUCGGAUCAGCCGCAGCCACCGCCGCAGCAGCAGAAGAAGAAGAAACAGCAGCAGCAGAGUUCAAAUGCCGCAAGUCAUAAGGCAGCAAGUAAAACCUCAGAGAAAAAGAGACGCCGCUCGCGGGCCGUGGACGAAUCGGAAGCGGCGGUGCCCUCCAAGAUUAGAAAGCUCGGGGAGAAUGAUGAAGCCGCAUCCAAAAACAAUCCCCCUGUGGAAGGCGAGCUCGGGAAAGAAAACCAAGAAGACCCGCUGGGCAAAGCCAAGAGGAAGAGGAAGAAGAAACACAAGGAGAAGCUGAAAAUCGGCGAGGAGGUCAUCCCGCUGAGGGUCUUAUCCAAGAAAGCGUGGCUGGAGCUCAAAGCGGAGUACUUGCAGCUGCAGAAGCGCAGCAUGGCGUCCCUGAAGAAGUGCAUGACGCAGCUGGACGGCGACGAGCGGCAAGGCGGCGACGAGAGUAGUAAGUCGCGCGCCGCGCCGCUGGAGGCGAGCGAGAAGGCGAGCAAUCAGGGUCCUCAGUUCAUCAGCGGCGUCAUCGUGAAGAUUUCGGACAACAAGGCGCUUCCAGGGAGGAAGAUGAUCAAAGACGCCCUGUGCAAGAUCUCGCCCGUGGCGUACGUGGACCUGUUGGAGGGCGACGCCGAGGGCUACGUGCGCUUCAAGAGCCCGGAGGACGCGCAGGCCGUCAGCGACAACAAGGCUGAGCUGCAGAGGGUGCACAGUUGGCAGCUCGAGAUCCUAUCAGGUGACAACGAGCAGAGGUACUGGCAGAAGAUCCUCGUGGAUCGUCAGGUCAAACUCAACCGGCCCAGGGAGAAGAAGCGCGGCACGGAAAAGCUCCUAUCCAAAGCGGAGAAGAUCAUAACAGCUCGCGCCAAGGAGGCCUGCAAGCACAUUCGCUUCCAAGAAGACUGACUGACUGCCAUUUUUUAAGGGAAAAGCCGUUUAAUUUUUUUUUUUUUUAUCAUUUUUGUUUGCACUGAAGCGCCAAGUUGUGCAGUUUGUGAUGUAAAUAGAAAAAAUCUCCGCACAUCUUGAAUGCGGACAAAAUGUUAGUUUUUGAUGUCACUUGACAGAUGGACCCUUUUCAAAUGUGCAGUAUGCAUUAAAGGAAAACUUUCUGAA